UAGUCUGUGCGUUUUUAAUCAUUUCCGGACAUCGGUAACCCUAAAAAUAUAUCUGCGGCUGCGCAGUCUCGCUAUAUAUAUAUGUGCGCAGGUGAUGGUGGCCGAGGAAUUCACACAGUCCUUUCUCCAAAAGCGACAUACUGUAACCCUACGGUUUGGGUGGUAUGAGGAUACCCACUAUUCUUCCAGGCCGCAAACGCUAUGGAUUCAUUAGCGUCGCCGUAGUUGCCGUCAUAUACACGACCUACCUGCUUGGAGGUUACCAUAGCUGGCAAGCUGCGAUGAACACCGAAAUAAUUGACGUCGAGACUCCGGAUCCCACUGCCACUGUCAAAGUAGGUGUGCCUUCUGAGCUGACCGACCUCCCAUCUAUUCCAAAGCCACCGCGACCUAGUGGAGAAGGGAAAGAAAACGCUACAAUGGUCAUGUUAUGCCGAAAUUCAGAUAUCGAUGGCGCCCUUUCCAGCAUUGGGUUCGUGGAGAACCGUUUCAAUCACCGUUUUGGGUAUCCUUGGGUGUUUUUGAACGAGGAGGAGUUUACAGAUGAUUUCAAAAGUCGGAUAUCAGCAGCAAUUUCUGCGCCUGUUUCUUUUGGGCUAAUACCCAAAGAGCACUGGUAUCAACCACAUUGGAUAGACGAAUCCUUAGCUGCUGCGGGGCGGAAAAAAAUGGCUGCUGCCAAGAUUAUCUAUGCUGAUAGCGUGCCAUAUCGAAAUAUGUGCAGAUUUAACUCUGGUUUCUUCUUCCGCCAUCCACUGCUUCAACCAUAUCGCUACUAUUGGCGAGUCGAACCCGACGUCAAGAUCCUCUGCGACGUCACGUACGAUCCCUUCGAAUUUAUGAAGGUUAACGACAAGAUAUAUGGCUUUACAAUAUCGUUCCUUGAAUGGGAGAAGACGAUUCCCACUCUAUGGUCCACCGUGAAGGAAUUCAUGAAGCGAUACCCUCAAUACAUCUCAGAGUCCAAUGCAAUGGAUUACCUUAGCGACAACAAUGGAAAAUCAUACAACCUAUGUCACUUCUGGAGUAACUUCGAGAUCGCCGAUAUGGACUUCUGGAGGGGCGAAGCGUAUCAAAAGUUUUUCGACUAUCUAGAAUCUAAAGGUGGUUUUUAUUACGAGCGAUGGGGCGAUGCUCCUGUCCACUCCAUCGCAGCAGCGCUUUUCUCACCCAAAGAAAAACUACAUUUCUUCCGCGACAUCGGCUACCGCCAUGAACCUUUCCAACAUUGCCCUAUAGAUGAUAGGGAGAAGAUGAACUGCGAUUGUAAUGUCGGCGAAAACAUAGAUUACCGUCCUCAAUCGUGCAUUCGCAGAUUCGAAAAACUAUUCGAGUGAUCAUCUCCGUUCUUUAAUAACUUAUCUGUCAUUGUACUAUAGUUGGGACAUGAAUUCAGGCGUUGGAUGGUCGGACAAUGUUCGAGAGUGUUGACCUACUGUCGAGGAGUGUGGCAAUUGAUGGCGGAGGCAAAGGCUGAUAAGCAAAUAUGCAGACGAACUUGUUAGACAUGACCUGAGAGACCAAAGAACAACCUGAGUAAGCAUAGCCCUUCCUAGCAUGACUAUUCUAGUACAAGAGUCAGUCUGUAUCAUAGGUAAUCACAGGUACUUAAUAUACGAGGCUUCUCACAGCACGCGGUUACUGCCC